UCAAUCAGAAUCCUUGAAGACGCGAUCGUCGAAGAACUGCACACACUUCGAUUCGACUAGAGUGUGUACUAUAUAAGUAACUUCUACAAUUGCAUAACCCUCCUUUUGCUAAAACCCUUGACCCAUCCUCCCUCUCUCGAUCAAUUCUCAUUUCGCAGAGAAAGUGGAAUCAUGGCUUCAACCUUCAGCGCAACGUCUUCAAUGGGCUCAUCCUUAGCUCCUCCUGCGAGCAGAUUAUCAUCUCUCGUCUCAUCAAACUCUUUUGGAAAGAGUCAAGCUUUUGCUCAGAGGAAAGCGAGGUUCCCCAAGAUCUACGCGGCUAAGCAGUUGCAUUUCAAUAAAGACGGCACUGCCAUUAGGAAGCUUCAAGCUGGUGUGAACAAGCUCGCGGAUCUAGUUGGAGUCACUCUAGGUCCUAAAGGCAGGAACGUUGUUCUCGAGAGCAAGUACGGCUCUCCAAGAAUCGUUAACGACGGUGUUACAGUCGCUAGAGAGGUUGAGCUUGAGGAUCCAGUUGAGAACAUUGGUGCUAAGCUAGUGAGGCAAGCUGCUUCCAAGACCAAUGACUUAGCCGGUGACGGAACGACCACUUCCGUUGUUCUUGCGCAAGGUCUCAUCACUGAAGGUGUAAAGGUGGUGGCUGCUGGUGCAAACCCGGUGUUGAUCACCAGAGGAAUCGAGAAAACCACAAAAGCUCUUGUUGCCGAGUUAAAGAAGAUGUCAAAAGAGGUGGAAGAUAGUGAGCUUGCAGAUGUGGCAGCAGUUAGUGCAGGAAACAACUACGAAGUAGGCAACAUGAUUGCGGAAGCAAUGGCUAAAGUUGGACGCAAAGGUGUGGUCACUCUCGAAGAAGGCAAAAGCGCUGAGAACAGUCUCUACGUCGUUGAAGGGAUGCAGUUUGACCGUGGCUACAUUUCUCCUUACUUUGUCACUGACAGUGAGAAGAUGUGCGCAGAAUACGAGAACUGCAAGAUGUUUCUUGUUGACAAGAAAAUAACGAACGCUAGAGACAUUAUCAGUAUCCUGGAAGAUGCUAUCAAAGGUGGUUACCCGCUUCUGAUCAUUGCUGAAGAUAUCGAGCAAGAGGCGUUGGCGACUCUUGUUGUUAAUAAGCUUCGUGGUACUAUCAAAGUUGCUGCUCUGAAAGCUCCCGGAUUUGGAGAGAGGAAGAGUCAGUACCUUGAUGACAUUGCUGCUCUUACAGGAGCUACUGUGAUUAGGGAAGAAGUUGGACUACAGCUGGAGAAAGUUGGAGCAGAAGUUUUGGGUAAUGCUGGUAAAGUGGUUCUCACAAAAGACACUACGACCAUAGUUGGUGAUGGAAGUACUGAAGAGGUUGUGAAGAAGAGAGUUGAACAGAUCAAGAAUCUUAUCGAGGCUGCUGAGCAAGAUUAUGAGAAGGAAAAGCUUAAUGAGAGAAUCGCUAAAUUAUCAGGCGGUGUUGCUGUGAUUCAGGUUGGAGCACAAACUGAGACAGAGCUUAAGGAGAAGAAACUGAGAGUUGAAGAUGCUCUUAAUGCUACAAAGGCGGCUGUGGAAGAAGGUAUUGUUGUUGGAGGUGGAUGCACUCUGCUAAGACUUGCAUCCAAAGUGGAUGCUAUUAAAGAGAGUCUAGCAAAUGAUGAAGAAAAGGUUGGAGCUGACAUUGUUAAGAAAGCAUUGAGCUACCCAUUGAAGUUAAUCGCCAAGAAUGCUGGUGUUAAUGGCAGUGUUGUCAGCGAAAAGGUACUCUCUAGCGACGACCCAAAGCAUGGUUACAACGCUGCAACAGGCAAAUACGAAGAUCUGAUGGCUGCAGGAAUCAUUGAUCCAACCAAAGUUGUGAGAUGUUGCUUAGAGCAUGCUUCAUCAGUGGCUAAGACAUUCUUGAUGUCUGAUUGUGUGGUUGUGGAGAUCAAUGAGCCUGAAUCAGCAGCUCCUGCUGGUAACCCUAUGGGCAACUCAGGUUAUGGCUUCUAAGUUAUCAAUGAGAGAAUAGAGGAAGCAAAAGCUACGGCCAAGUUCUUUAGUUAUUAAAUCUGAAACGUCUUUGAACUGAUGUAAACAACUUCAUUUUCAAACUCAACAGUCGCAGAGUGGUGUGAUUCAUAUCUUUUAGUAGCCUUUUUGGGUUUGUUCACAAUCAGUUUUACAAACCUAAGGAGAAGAGUAUUAUUGAUUA